AUGGGUGACGCCGACAAGGACGCCAAAGAAGCCCUCGAUGCGCUCGAGUCUGAGGCUAAGGAGUGGGAGAAGGAUGCUGAAAUUGAGAGAAUCCUCAAUGCAUUCAGACUAGAUGCGUACGCGGUCCUCGAUCUCAAUCCCGGCGUCCCCGAAUCCGACAUCAAGAACCCCCGCGCCCCCGACGCAUUUGACCGCCUCCGCAAGGCGCAGACGGAGCUCAUGGACGAGAAGCACCGCGAGCGCCUCGACGAGUCCAUUGCCGAUGCGCGCAUGCUCCUGAUCCGCGAGAAUAAAUGGACCGUAGACAGCGAGGAGCUCAAGACUCCCGAAUUCGCCAAGAUGUGGCGCGCCAAGGCCCGCGAAGUACUUGUGCAGGACGAGCACCGACGGCGCAAACUCGCCAAAGCCAUGAUGCAGGAGGAGGGUCGAGAGCAAAAGAAACAGGAUGACGAGUUGGAGGAGAGGAAGAGGAAGAGGCAGCACGAACAGGACUGGGAGGCUACCCGUGACCAGAGGAUUGAUAGCUGGAGGCAAUUCCAGAAAGGAAAGGGUAGCGAAAAGAAGAAGAAGAAGCUGAAGCCAAUCGGCUAG